AGAAGAGGGAGGAGAACAUGCAGAGAGAGAGAAAUGGGGUUCCCGCUGGGAAUUCCUCCUCUCUUGCGUUGGUCUCUCUGUUGGGAUCGGUAACGUCUGGAGGUUUCCUUACCUCGCCUAUAGCAAUGGAGGGGGUGCAUUUCUUCUACCCUAUUUCAUUCUCCUCGUUAUAAUCGGGAAGCCCAUGUACUUCAUGGAGGUAGCUCUGGGCCAAUAUUCGCAGCUCGGUCCGAUUUCCGUCUGGAAACUUGCACCCAUUGCCAAAGGCGUGGGAGCAGCAAUGGUGUUGAUAUCUCUCCUGGUGUCCAUAUACUACAAUGUCAUCAUGGGCUACACCCUAUUCUACAUCUUUGCCUCCUUUCGCUCAGAAGUUCCCUGGGCGAAAUGCCACGAAUGGUGGGGAGCAGAUGAACAUUGCUACGAAAGAGAUGUGAAUGUCACCAUACUGCCUCAUUGCAAAACAUUGAUCAAGAAAGGCCUUCCUUUCCAGCCCGGUAUUAUGGUGGAUGAUGUAUUUGUGCCUGCAACUUUGGGAAGGAAGUACGUGUUGCACCUGAAGCCAGAUGGAUUGGAUGAGCCUUUCCAAUUGGGAGAGAUCCGAUGGGACUUGGCUCUCUGUCUUCUUCUUUCUUGGAUCAUUGUCUUCCUCUGCCUCAUGAAGGGAGUCAAGUCCUCAGGAAAGGUGGUGUAUUUUACGGCAACCUUCCCCUACGUGAUCUUGAUAGCGUUGUUGGUCAGGGGAGUGAGUCUGGAAGGAGCUGAAAAGGGCAUCCGUGCUCUAUUCAUCCCCAAAUGGGAGGAACUCCUCUCUAUCCAGGUGUGGCGGAAGGCAGCCGAACAGAUGUUCUUCUCCCUCAGUGUCUCAUGGGGAGGUCUCAUCAUGUUCGGAUCCUACAACGAGUUCCAGAAUCGAGUCCACAUCGACGCCAUGAUCGUCUCUUCUCUGGAUUUCCUGACGUCCAUCAUUGCCGGAGUCGUGGUCUUUUCCGUUCUCGGUCACCUUGCUCAUGUCCUCCAGGUCGACGUUUUUGACGUCGCCCAAGAUGGGCAAGGGUUAGCAUUUGUGGCAUAUCCAGAGGCAAUCGCCUUACUUCCCAUUCCUCAAUUGUGGGCUGUGCUCUUCUUCUUCAUGCUCUACACGCUCGGAUUGGACUCUGAGUUUGCGAUGCUCGAAAACCUCCUCACAGCCAUCAGCGACGAAUUUCCGUCGACAAGGAAACAUAGAGUCUACCUGUGUGCGAUUGCUUGCAUAAUUUGCUUCUUCCUAGGACUCCCCUGUGUCACGGAGGCUGGGCAAUAUGUCCUUGACCUGAUGGAUACCUUCGGCGGAGGAGUGGGGAUCAUGAUCAUUGCCGUGUGCGAACUCAUCGGAAUCAUGUGGAUCUACGGAGUCCGACGAUUCUCGGAUGAUCUCCAUUUCAUGCUCGACCUUCGACCUAACAUCUUCAUCCGGGCCUCCUGGCUUCUCAUCUCACCUCUUACCUUGGCUGUUAGUCUCCUGACCCUGCUCUCUUUAUCAUCUCCCCUCUUUCUUUUCAGACUGCAUCUCGGCAAAUGCGGGAAGAUUGGUUUGGAUGGACGGAUCGAUGUGAAGAUGUAUGCUGCUAGGAAUCUUGGAAACUAUGAAGGAUUGAGCGACGAAAGUUGGCAUCAAUGUAACUCUUAA